AUGGCUAAUUCUAUGCUGGGCAAGUGGGAGGAAGCUGCUCGUGAUCUGCAUGCCGCGUCAAACAUUGAUUACAAUGAUGAGAUCAAAGCUACCCUCAAGAAGGUGGAGCCUAAUGCACACAAGAUAGUGGAGCACCGCAGGAAGUAUGACAGGCUCUGGAAAGAGAGGAAUGACAAGAAAUCUGAGCGUGACCGGCUUCGUCGACGUGCUGAGGCAUAA